GUUCCAAUUUCGCAAAGUUAACUGGGCUUUGAGAGGGAGCGCGAACAGAAAAGAAUAGGUUUCUUGACAUUUUCAGCAGGUUGAAGAGAAAGUGCGAUUAGCUAUUGAAAUGGCGGCGGUGAGAGGAGUUGUGCUAAAGCACCUGAGAGUGAAUGCAACAUCCCUGUCCCUGCUUCGAAACCCUAAACCCAUCCCUAACGGCCACUGUGCUCUCACCUUCAACGCCAUACGGCGCCGAUAUUCCGACGACGUCAUGGGCUCAUUCCUUGACAAAUCUGAGGUCACCGAUCGCGUUGUCUCCGUAGUAAAAAACUUCCAGAAAAUUGAUCCAUCCAAGGUUACUCCAAAUGCCCAUUUUCAAAAAGAUCUCGGGCUAGAUAGUUUGGACACUGUGGAGGUUGUUAUGGCUCUUGAAGAAGAAUUUGGGUUUGAGAUACCUGAUAAUGAGGCAGACAAGAUCAGCACGAUCAGUCAUGCUGUCGAGUUCAUUGCUUCUCACCCCCAGGCAAAGUAGACAGGAAAUUAUGACUCAAAUCUUUUUCUUUAUUUUACUUCGUUCAUGCGAGACAUGAAACUGCAUUGGAUAAUUCCCUAAUUUCCUCGCCUGGACAAAUGCCUGUAGUAUCGAGGAGGAACAUAUUUACUAGUUAUAUCAUUUGCAAUCGCCUGAAUUUUGAGGUGCUCUUCGAACCAA